GCGGGGCUUCCAGUGCGCUCUGCUGCGCCGUAGCCGCGUGCGGUGUGGGGCGCGCUACUCCGGAGGUAGAAUCUGCGGCUCCUUGCUGGAGGGGCUGCCGGCUUUCUUGCUUCCUCUGCUGCACCGUGUGCUCAAGCCUCGAGACUUGGCUAGCAGCAUUGGUCCACACGGCUGCUAUAGCUGCUUCCAAUGGCUGGCAAUAAAGGAAGAGGGCGUGCUGCCUACACCUUUAAUAUCGAAGCUGUUGGAUUCAGCAGAGGGGAGAAGUUACCUGAUGUUGUGUUGAAGCCUCCACCCCUGUUUCCUGAUACAGACUACAAGCCGGUGCCCCUGAAAACGGGAGAAGAUGAGGAUUACAUGCUGGCCUUGAAGCAGGAGUUGAGGGAAACAGUGAAACGAUUGCCGUACUUUAUUGAACCACCCGAAGAAAAACAAGAUGAUAUUGAAAGGUAUAGCAAACGAUACAUGAAGGUCUAUAAAGAAGAAUGGGUACCAGAUUGGAGAAGACUUCCAAGAGAGAUGAUGCCAAGGAAAAAAUGCAAAAAAGGGGAUCCAAAAUCCAAGCCGAGCAAAGCUGCAGCCAAGGCUACAUCACUCAUUAAUUCUGCAGAUGUGUUGAAAACGAUUGAGGAACUGGAAAAGAGAGGCGAGGGUGAAAGAUCGGAUGAAGAAAACGAAGAGAAAGAAGGGAGCAAAGAGAAAGAUAAAGAUGAUGAGGAGGAUGGCGAGGAAGAUGCAGAACAGGAGGACUACGAUGAAGAGGAACAAGAAGAGGAGAAUGACUACAUUAACUCCUACUUCGACAACGGCGAUGAUUUUGGUGUAGACAGCGACGACAACAUGGAUGAAGCCACCUACUAGCUGUGGAAUCCUCAAAUGUUUGGGGGAUUCAGCUUCGAGCGUUUGGACCCACUUUAUUUUGGAUAAGGAUUAAGUCCGUAUUUUCUGUUGUUCAGUGUUCUGUAUCCAACUCUUGAGAACGACUUUGUGUUUACAGCCCAUGACCUUACUCCCUUACCUCUGCCACACCUGUGACUAUGCAAUGCGGUUGUGGGUUCUCUGGCUUUUGUUUGAUCUGGAUUUGAAUGUUUCUAGAGAGUUUUCGUGGCACUCUUGUGUGUUCACAGUUUAAAAAGCUCACUCUGGCUCACCUGCUGACCUUCGGUAGCAAGGGUUACUCGUCAUAGUGGAUUUCUCUUAAUACUGCACGUGGGGCACUUUAAAAGCAAACUGGACGAUGAUUUCUCUUCCCUGGAACAUUGUUUUAUCACGCUGUGACCUCAUAAACUGACCUCAGAAACGUCCCUGAGUUCCUAACAGUAGAGUUAUGCUGAUAGGAAACAGGUUCUCGGCAAGCACCAGUGACCUGGGUGAGACCCACUUCAGUUUCCACCUCAGCCACAACAAAGACUUUCACGUGGGUGGAAGGUUCUCAACGCUUGGCCUUGGGGAUAACUCCAAGCCUUACAGUGUACAGUGUGUAAACUAAUGAUUCCAUUGUAGUAAGUCUGACACUUUCAACUUGUUGGGCUGGGACUUGUGGGAGGGGAAGCUGAGACACACUGCUCAAUUCUGGACUUAAACUGGAAACAAGUCCUGGUUGUGUAAACCUCAUGAUAAAAUGGUGUGUGAGUGGAUAUGGUGAAGGGCACUCCCCUCCUUUGUGUUUCACAAGACUCAUAAACUGCAAGUCAAUUAUAUAAUCACUGUAAAAUCUCAGGUCAUUUUGGAAUUAUGAGCGAUUCUUCUUGUUUUAACUUACAGGGUGACUCUCCCCUGCAGUUUUCUAUUUUGCAGGAGAAAAUAUCCAGAUCCCUUCACCUCUGAGGACUUUAAAACAUGCCAAAGAUUUUCAAGGGAAUUCAUAGUAUGCAUUUCGAAACUAACGUAUUAACAGGAUCUGCCUACGGGAGGAAAAUCGGUUUUUCCCAGUGGGAGACUUGUUACUCAGUAUCCUCUGACCGGAAACUGGAGGCCUGCUUCUUCUCUCAGGAUCGAGAUAACCUUAAUAUUAAGCUUAAGUUUGGGUGCCUUAGUUUCUCCACUUGUAAAUGGUUUCCUAUCAAAAUUUAUAGGAAAAUUUAUAGUGUUUAGACACUAACCAGAAUUGACCAAAUAUGCUUUCUUUUACGCUACAGAAACAACCAUGUCGUAAAUUGUUUGCUCUGUACGUAGUACUGUGGACGUGAGAUAGCUGUGAGGAACCGUUUCCUGUUGAGUUAUAAUUCGAUUUCCAGUCUUGUACCUGUGUUAGAAACGGUAGUUUCUUUGUAUGAUCCGAGAGAUUCCAAAAGUCUUUUCUCAGGUGAAGGAUCACUUUCAAUGGCAGUGCUUCUUUAAAUACUUCCUGAUGGGUUCGAGAGCCCAUCUUGACAGUAUACUGCUGAACGCUUACAUCCAGUUCCCAGGAGCUGAUAAAGAUGCUGUGAGAUUCCUAGUGGAAACCAAGUCUUUAAAGCUGCAGUGUGUUAGGGAACUUAUUAAGUUUUAGUAAUAAUGGCAAAUGCUGUUAUUUGGGAAUAAAAAGUACUUCAUUCUCUUAUGUUUGAUACCGGGGCCAAACAAGAUUCCAUUCGUAGACACUCUUUGGUUGUUUCCUUCCAGUAUUACAAAGCCACAGAUAACUUUUCCAGUUGGGAGCCGCACUGGCAGUGAGUUCUUUCCCAGCAUCCACUGUCUUCAAGGGUGUGCGCCUUCCACCCAGAGGGAAGCGCUUUCCCACAGGAUUGACUCGGAAACCCUUGGCAUCUCUCCUAAGGAUGCGCAUCUUCAUUUGAAAGAUCAGCUUACAACUCUAAACGUACUAAUUUUGAGGAGAGAUGAGAUUUUCCAGGCUGCUUGACUACCAUAAAUCUUGUUUACUUUAGCUCUGAGUCUAUGAAAUUACCUUGUAGAGAGAUAAAUAAGAGUACUAGUUAGAGAAGAGUACUUACUGGGACUGGUGAUAAAAUAUCUUUAACAAUCUCGUAACAAAACUAGUUGCCCACAUGCUGAUUUUUCUGUAUUUGUUUACACAUACAAAAUUUAAAAAAAUAAAAUUUUGGCCUUAAUACCAAGAUG